AUGAACAACGAUGUGGUGUUUGAGAUACUAUUGUAUCUUCAUGUUCGAUCCCUCUUGAAAUUCAUAGGUGUCCACAAAUCGUGGUAUUACAUCAUUAAUUCUCCACACUUUAGAAAAUUGCACACCCUGCGCCGUAACAACAACAAAGAUGAGGAGCAUAAUGACCAAGGGUCAAAAGAUGUAUCUGUAUCUAGGGCGGUUAAGGGUCUAGUCUGCAUAAGUUCUCUUUAUGCGUUAGACAUUACAAUAUGCAAUCCUUUUCUUGGUCAAUUAAGGAUUCUACCACUUUCUUCUUAUGCUACUACUCACUCCCCGACUGAUUUUUAUGAUCAUCAUGUGGGACUGGGUUUCCACGAAGAUUAUAAAGUGGUAUGGUUGUUGUCGUGCUGGGAGCACAGAUGUUUACACGCCAGUCUAUAUUCGGCAAGGACGAAUUCUUGGAGUGAAUUGGAUAUUGAUCAAGAUUUGUCCAUCUAUAAACCUAUAAAGUCGGUGUGCAAAAAUGGAUCCUUUGCACACUGGGAAGGCGAAACAGAAGCGGUUUUAGCUAUUCUUGCAAAGGAUGAGUGCUCUUUUGUUAUCCUUGUUGUGGACAAAUAUAAGUUGAAUGUUUAUGAGUCGAGCGGUGAAGGAAGUGAGCUUAUUUGGAAUAAUGUGAAUAAUGUGGACCUAUGUUCUUUUUGGAAGUGCGAUUUUCGGGGGAGUGAUGAGAUUCCUUUUUGGAGGAACGAUAAUUGUGUGGUCCUCAGAGGUCGUAGAUCAAGAGAAGUGCUUUUGUAUGAUUACCGUGCUCGGAAAUUCAUCAGACAGUUCAUGAUGCUUGGGAGCUUGGCCUCUGGUGAUGAAAUCAUUGAGUAUGAAGGAAGCUUGAUUUCUCCUUAA